AUGGCGGCCGCGCAAGUCCUGCAGACCCCGGAGCUGCUCGAGAUGAUCUUGCUGAGCAUUCCGUGCCGCGACCUCCUGCUGUCACAGCGCGUCGACCGUACGUGGCACAGCACCAUCCAGGGCUCCGUCAAGUUGAAGCGUGCGCUCUUUCUGGCCCCGACAGGUCCGGUCGUGACUGAUCAUGGAACUAAGCGCCUUCUGUACAAGACGGACACCUGGCAGGUGAUUGAUGCAACUCGUCUGGAUGAGGUUUUAUUCCGCUACGCCGUCGACGAUGAGACUACCGAAGCCUACUGCCUGACCAUGAAUCCCCUCAUGGCCCGCCUGUUCCCGAUCUUGGGUAUGGAACAGAAAGUGGGCGACAUCAUGCCUCCACUCACAGAACGCUUCAAGGCCAGCCUGAACCAUCCCGACGCUUCGUGGCGAAAAAUGCUCGUUUGUCAACCUCCAGUACUCUUUCUUUAUGCGCGCGACAGCAGUGUUGCCGUAGAGCAUCGCUUCACUCUCGACAGUGUGGAGCCUAUGGGACUGGGCAUUGACUGCUAUCAACCCAAAGGCUAUGGUCGCACCUUGAGGAAUAAGGAAGGUAUCAAAAUGCUGGACAUCGCUUGGCUGUACGAACUGUUCCACUGUGACCGUGGCGUUUACGGUUACGUGCCAAGCCGCGUUUAUCUACACGAUGUCUUCACCUGGAAGCGGCCACGGGAGGAGCAUGUCACUGCAGAGACAAUCGCUGCUGCGGCCAAGCCAUACUUGUGGAAGGAAGAACUUACAAAGCUCAAUGUUCUUCCAGUGCACGACGACCGUGCCGCCGACUACCACAGCAUGACUUGGCAGCAGUAAACUUCCUGAGCAGAUCAGUCCACAUUUGGCGGAAGCUGUCCGAAGAGCCGUUCCU